AAGCUAUAAAAUGAGCACCGAAACCAACAUGUUAUUUCAUUCACCUCCUGGUCGAAGAUGGAUCUGCAGAUCUCAGUUUUUCUUCUGUCUGUGCUUUUCACUGCAGGACAGUCUCUGGACUGUUAUACGUGCACGCUUUCAUGUGCAAAUCCAAAGGUGGAAACAUGUCCAAGUGGAUAUAACAGGUGCUCGAUUCUAACAACCGUGUCUGGAAUUGGUUCCAUUCAGGUGACCACCAAAACUAAAAGCUGUGCACCUGAAGCUUAUUGUAAACCUGGGACCAGUCAGAUAACAGCUGGGACGGCAUCCAUCCAGUGCUGUGACACUGACCUUUGCAAUGCAGCAGAUGGUGUGUAUAAGAGAAGCUUCCUCCUGCUGUGGUCUCCUCUGUUUUUCUACAUCCUGUUCCAGUGAGUCCGGCUCCACUGCAGAUUCUACCGUUGCAGCAAAAACUCAAUGCCACACACAUUUCUAUUCAUACUUUACUGAACAAAAUGGUGUGCAUGUUGUUCUGGUGUUGGCGUUUUUUUAGUAUCAUGAUUUGAGGAACACAAACUUUGUAUUUUAAUAAACAGUUA